AUGGAUAUUAUAUUACAACAGCAUCCAACAUAUUUAACACCUACACAAUGUGCUCGUCAAUUUGUUGAUGAUCUUCUUGAGAACAAAGAUAUUGCUAUAUCAAUGUCUGAAAUGAUAUCUCCUUCGUAUUUAACUUCAUUAAUAAAUAUUGCUGAAAUGUAUUUAACAUAUGAACGAUCUUUAUUUUUAUCAACAGUUGCUGAAAUAGGUUUACUUUGUUCAAAUAAAUAUUAUGAACGUGUUCAUUAUUUUAUAUCAUUUCUUGAUGAACUUAUUGAAUUUCAUAAUGAUAUUAAAUAUAAAAUUUUAAUAGAAAAAUAUUUAAAUAAAAUUGUUUAUGCUGAUUUAACUGAUCAUUUUAUAUCAUAUCCAAUAAUAUUACAAAUUCAAAUUAUGGCUAUUAUUGAAAGUACAUCAAUACUUUAUUUUCCAUUAAUACGAGAAGGAUCAGAAUCUGAUCAAUCAAAAAUUGAUUUAUUUCUUCAAGAUGCUGCUCGAUAUUUUCAUAAUAUUUCAUCUCGUUCACUUUAUCGUCGGAUUGUCUUUCGUCUUAAUUCACAAAUAUGUUCUCAACAAUCAAUUUUACGUGCACUUAUUAUUGGUUGUAUAUUUUUACCAUUAACCUGUCAUUCAGCAUUUUUAGAUGAACUUUAUAAUUUAUUAUCUAAACAACCAAUUUUAUUAUCUUUAACAAAUAUGGAAACAUUUUUUCAUGUUUUAUGGCCAACUGGAAUUAAUCAAUCAUAUUCUGUUCCACGAGUUUAUCUUUCACAAUUAUUAAUUGUUCGUUUAAUGAAUGUUCAAAAAUAUUUUGCACAAAUUAUUCAAAUUUGUUUUUUAAUUCAUCUUCGUGUACCAAAUAUACGUAUUAAUCUAAUGGAUAUUAUUGAACCAUUAUGUGAAACAAAAGGUUUUCAAAAAUAUUUAGAUCAACAACAACAAGAAUUUAAUUUGUCUCGACAAGAUGAUCAACAAAAUGUGUCAAUCUUGGAACCAUUACUUUGUCAAGUUCGUGAACGUAUGAAAAGAGGAUUUCGAUUGAAACAAUUAUGUCGAAUGAAAAUUCGAUCACGUCUUGCUGAAACUAAUAAUCCAUAUAUACUUUCACAAGUCAAUCAAUUGAAAGAAUUAUCUGAUACAAAUAAAAUUUAUUUAACAUAUAAUUUAGAAUUAUUACUUAAUGAUCCAGAAAAAUUUUUUGAAUCAACACAACCACAAAAUGAACCAAUUUGGAAUUCAAGUAUUCCACCGCCACCAGUUAACUAA